UUCCCCGGCGGCGGCGGGCGGAGGCUCCCAGGCACACAACGCGCGCGCCCUCGGAGCGGCAGCAUUCGGCGUCGGGUGCUCGGCGCUGCCCGCGCAGUCCCCACAAGCAGCAGCCUCGCUCGCCCGGCCUGAAAGAGGCGCUGAUCCAAGUCCCAGCCAGCCAGGAGGGAUGGGAACAGCCAGGACUUGGUGAAUGAGUUGGACCCUCAAGCAGGAGACUAAAUGGAGAAACUACAGAAGCACCAGCUGACGUCCCCAGGGAGCCUGUGCUCUUCCCGGGGCUCCAGCGUCCCUGGGUCACCCUCCAGCAUUGUGGCAAAAAUGGACAAUGAAGUCUACAAAGACUUAGCAGCAAUCCCCAAAGACAAGGCGAUCCUGGACAUAGAGCGGCCCGACUUGAUGAUCUACGAGCCCCACUUUACCUACUCCCUCCUGGACCACGUGGAGAGGGCAAGGAGCCGAGAGCGCUCCCUCUCGCCCAAAUCCCUCUCUCCUCCUCCUUCUCCAGAAGUCACCCGCGACUGGAUGGAGGAGAGCAAGUCUCCAGGGAAUGCCUCCCAGUCAGGCAGCCGCCGAGCCAGCAGCACCAGCCGCAGCAGCGGAGUCCACCAUUUCCACCGCCCUGAUACCAACACGGCAGAGAUGAACAUCUACAAGAAGCCCCCCAUCUACAAGCAGAAGGAGCAGUCGAUGACGCCAACUCCGCAGAGCAAACACAUGAUUGAGGACCUGAUCAUCGAAUCCUCCAAGUUCCCGGCUGCCCAGCCGCCCGACCCCAACCAGCCGGCCAAGAUUGAGACGGACUACUGGCCCUGCCCACCCUCCUUGGCAGUUGUGGAGACAGAGUGGCGGCGGCGGAUGGCCUCCAGAAGAGGCGAGGGCGAGGACGAGGAAACCACGGAGGACGGGAGCCUGCGAGAGCUGCAGAAGCAAGAGCUGAGCAAGGUGGCCUCCAACCUUGGCAAGCUCAUCCUCAAGGAGGAGAUGGAGAUGGAGAAGUCGCUCCCCAUCCGGAGGAAAACCCGUUCCCUUCCAGACCGGACACCCUUCCACUCCUCUCUUCACGGUGGAAGCUUGAAAUCUUCCUCCCUUCCUGCCUCCGGGAGAAGCACCCUCGCCAGGCUGCAGUCCACAGAGUUCAGUCCUGCCGGCAGCGAAAAAGGGAGCCCAGGUAAGCCAAGCUACGGGAAUGGCCAGAGAGGGCGGAUGGACAGGGGGAACUCCCUCCCUAGUAUGCUGGAGCAAAAGAUUUACCCUUAUGAGAUGCUGAUGGUGACGAAUCGGGGAAGAGUGAAACUGCCUCCAGGAGUAGACAGGACAAGGCUAGAGCGCCACCUGUCAGCCGAGGAUUUCCUGCGUGCAUUCGAGAUGUCGCCAGAAGAAUUUGGCAAGCUGGCCCUGUGGAAGCGGAACGAGCUGAAGAAGAAAGCCUUCCUCUUCUGAUCCCGGCCCCCGCUCAGAGCUGACAUGCCCGGCGUGACGCUCCGUGCGUGUGUGUCGACCCGUCUUUCAUCACAGACGCUUUAGGGCUACUCUUGAGCUCGUUCGAAGAGACGUUGCUCCUUUCUCCCCACCACCACCCACCCGCCCUCACUGCAGAGGUGGCUGCCAUGCCUUGACUCUUGGGGCAGAGAAAAGUGGGUCAGGAAUCUGGUGGGAAUGAGUGGUGAGCACCCUGUGCUGGAUGUGGGGGGUGCCAAGUCCCUUCCCCACUCCCACCCUGGUGAAAAUCAGAGCAGCCAUGUGUGGGGUGGGAAGAGGUCAGGGUGGAGAUAAGGUGUUCUGUGCUGCCACCCUUAAACUCAUUCUGUUGCUGGCUUCACUCCCAGACCAUGCAUCCUUUGGCACACAGGCCCAUCAGGUUUUCUAAACUUGGGCAAGAAUGAGCCCCCGACUUGGAUCCGAGCAUCAUGGCACCAGGCAGACUCCCACCCUGCAGCAGGACCAGAUUGAAGAGGGUCUCUCUGCCUCAGCAUCCUCUUCUCACAGGGGGCAGCAUUGCCACACUCUCCCACUGAUUUCCGCCCCCUUGUGAUUGGUACUCAGUGCCUGCUGGAUGUGCCUAGCCUCCGCUGGAGUGAACGUGACCUGGGGCUGCUGCUGCUCUAAAUGGCUACCAAGCAGCAGGGUGAUGGCUCCCUCCCCAGCAAAAAAGCUUCCUUUGCUAGCUCCUGCCCCUCUGCACAAAGGGAAGUAUUUUGUGCCCACUCUCUAACAUGUGCUGUCUACAGGAGGAAUGCAGCCACUACCACGGUGCCCACAGGCAUGGUGAAGGGCAUAAAGGUGGGCUUCAUUUGGAAUCGAGGCAUGUGUCCAGGCCUCAGUUCUGCAGAGGGUUGGACUAGAUGAGCCUUGGGGUCGCUUCCAACUCUAUGGUUCUAGUUUCUUCCCCCGCUGCCAAAAGCUCCCUUUCCAGGCCAGCUUCCUCUACCCCUUUCCUCCCCAGCGUUCCCAACUCUUCCUGCAAGCUGGUCCUGGGCCAGCUACAUGUGGCACCUGUUUUCUGCUCUCCCUCUGCCCUGCCAUCCCACCAUCUAGGCUGUAACAUUAUUCUGUGCUGCACCUGCUGCCUGCCCCCACCCCACCCCAAAUUCUGGGGGCUCCUGCCACCUACCCUGCAAGCUCUAUUCAGCGAGACUUUGAGGAUGUGUCUGAAGACAGGAAUGCAUUUACCUGCUGCCUGUGGUUCAGGCCUGCCUCUUCAGCCUAUGUGCCUCCCCCUCCACAUAUCCUGCACUCGUAUGUACACAGAUCUACCUGCCCUGUCUCCACAGCUUCAUGCUAGUCCUGUGGAAAGGACUGCAGAAAAGGUGGCUUGAUGCAAAGCCUGGGUAUGGCCCUGCUCCUGCACAUCCCUAAAAGCCAGAGGAGAGCUCUUUUCUGCUUCAGCCACCGCAAGGCCCACAACUCUCUGCCAUAACCCCAGGUCUCUCAGAAGCUACUACAGUCAGUUUAAGACAUGCAGGGCAACUGCAUUUGCACCAAGGGACAGGACCCUCCUAGCCAGCCCCUUCUGUCUUGCACAUAGAGGCCAGGCUCUGCAAAGGAUCACCUUGGGAGUGCAGUCACUUCACGGGCAAGAUCCAGGCUGCUCUGUCGCUUUCUUUCUUUUUGAGCCAAACAACUGUCACGUCUCAACCCAGACUGAGCGGCGAGAGCCAGGACAGAAGAUUAGGCUGUCUCUACACUGCCACACAUUUCUGCUCACCAAGAGCUGAGAAGCACCUGCCCAGCCCCCAUCUCCUCCUCCUGGAGACCCAAGGCUCCUUUUUGCCCAUCACUAUCACAGUCCCCCUGCCCCAGGGAGCACACAAGUGGCUGUGUGCAAUACACAGGCACCCAUGCCUGUUGAAACUACCAGGGCCUAUAAGUCAGCACAGUUGGACUAGAUGAUCCUUUGGGUCCCUUCCAGAUUGUAUGAUUCUAGGAACACAAACCAAUGUUGCACAGGCUGCUAGACAUCAGCAGGGAGUUGCCAAAAUGGGUUGGCUUCUGCUGGGGCAGAAAAGAUUCUCUCUCUCUCUCUCUCUCUCUCUCUCUCUCUCUCUCUCUCUCUCACACACACACACACACACACACACACAAACACACACCUAAAGCAGGGUUGGGGGGGCACUGUCCCAAUGAGCACCUUCCUCCACAAAAUCUACCAGCCCUUAAGUGGUGGCUUCUGACUGGUAAAAGUACUGAAGUCUAGAGGUCCUUUUCAUCAGGCUAUUUAAAGAGGGGGAAGUUUGCCAAGGAGGUGAGGGGUGCUUCAAGCCACACUCCCAAGGAACAUUCCCCAAUCCAGACCAGCGUCAGGCCUACCUGUCUCACUUAAGGGGUCCUGCACUGCACCAGCAAAAACCUCCCACCCACAAUGCUGUCCUGGCACUUUUCAGUCUAGUAAGGGUGCCGCCAUUUGCAUAGUGGGAGGGAGAAGAGCAGAGCCUGGAAGGGUUUGCUGCCCUUGGUGGGGUGAAUCAAAGCAGCAGCAGCAGCAGUCUAGGCCCAAGUAAGUCUAUCUUUUGAGUCAGGAAGAUGACAAGGGAGGUGCUUUCCCUCCACCUGGCGCUUUCCAAUUGCUUUUGAUGGCAGCUCCCACCAACCCCAGCACAAUUCCAGCGUGCUGGCUGGAGCUCAAGGGAGCUGCAGCCCCAAACAUCUGGAAAGCAGUAGGAUAGAUAGCACCCUGGCCCUGAAAUCCAGCCACCGAGACUGCCCAAUGAGCCAUUCCCCAGAGCUGUGGGAGAAACUGCCUUUCCUGACUCAGGAGCCCCGUGUUCAGCUCACCCCUUUUCCCUCCACACAGCCCCUGCCAUGCUGCCCCCCUUACAUUUCCUCCUUCCUGGCCACUCCACUUUGUGCAAAUGUAAAGAAUGUAAUUUAUUAGAAGUCACCGGCCUCUACUUGCUUUUCACUGCUAUUCUGUGAGCAUAUCUAUAAAUGAGGACCUCCUAGUGCGAAGAGCGGCCUACCCCUUUUCCACUACCCACUUCGGCUGUCAGAAUCUGUGUGAAAAUGAUUUCCUCCCUAACCCCCACCCCCUUUUAAUUAAAUGUGAAGUGGCUUUAUU